GGGCAACACUCACUUGUGUUGUAAUGCCGUAAUAAUUUUUCAGGUCUCACCGGAAAGAAGCUGCGGAUUCUUUUUAUUGUUACCAAAACAUUAGGCGCCAUUUACAAAGUAAACAAACGACUCUUCGGAAUUCUACCUGCGUCUCUUAUAACUCUAGUAUAUUGUAGCGAUCCGGGGGGGGGGGGGGGUGUACAUAGUUUGGUUGACUGUUCCAGUUCGUAUUGUGUUAUGUGGCUCUUUUAUUUUGAAGCGCAGAUAGUUGCGUGACGUCAGGUGUGCUUCCGGGAGAAAGAAGCGGGAGUUUUUGUUCUGUGUAGUUCCGGGGGGGGUUGAAAAGAGUGUGGUGAGACCUGUUGUGACCCCGCUGUUGUAAGAAAAUAAAGGAGUGUUGUUCACACUGAGGCUCGUAACAAUAUUCUAUUGGAAAAUGACACCUAACACCAUAAAAGAGUCUUUAGCUAAAAUGCUGCAUAAUCUGUCAAAGGAGGACUUUGAAAGGUUCUGCGACCACCUGCUGGACCGCAGACAGGAGCCGCGGGUUCCGAUGAGCAGAGUGGAGGGUAAACGCCGCUGGGAAAUUGCAUAUCUGCUGGUUUCAACUUUUACAGAAGCCAAAUCUGCCAAAGUGGCUGUGGAGAUCCUGGAGAAGAUGGGCUGCCGCGACGAGGCAGAGAAACUCGACUCUCAAACCAAACACUUCCAGGAUAACGGUGACCCAACGUUCCGCAGGACCGCUGAUGGGAGUCUGGACCUACAGCGCACAGUGGAGGCUCUAACGUUUAAAGCACCCACAGCUCUGUGUGUGAAGAAACCAGAAGAGGUGGAGGCUGAAGCCAAGAACCAGGUUCUGUCACAGGGCGGGGAUCCGAGUAAUAACAGGCUCGUUUUGAGCAGGUUUACCAUUCAGUUUGGCAAAUACAAAGGCCAGACCUUCAAGUGGCUUUUAGAGAACGACGUGCAGUAUACUGCCUGGCUGAUGAAUGAGCACCAGAAGGACAGAAAUAACCUUAUCAAUAAGGUCAACAAGGAGUCCUUGACCCAGUAUGCCUUUGCCUAUCCUGAUUUUUUGAAAGAAGUCAAAUUACACGCCCAAAAAGAAGCCCUCAAAAGCCAUGCCCACAGGCCAACCACCAGGUUUGGGCCCAAUGGAGCAAAGAGACAGACAAAAGGCACGAAGACAAGAAGACAGGCCAGAAGCCAACAGGCACCGAGCACUAGAGGCCGGUCCAUCCGUGUCCCAAAGCCUGCGAAGGGAACAUGAAAAACACUUUGAGUAACACAGCCUUCCAUCCUCUGCCCCGUUUUUGAGUUAAUGCUGGAAAAUGUCCUAUUUCUUUCUGGGUAUUUAUCUAUUGUGUGUUUUAUCUAUUCCUAGUCUUAUCCAUAUAUGCGUAUAUACAUAUGUAUAAUGUAGGUAGGACCAGCUUUUUAGUAAAUUAGGAUUUUAUAUGGUAUAUUGAGUCUCUUCCUGAAACAAGAUUAUGUAAAAAUGCCAUUUUAACCCCUUUGUUAUUACAAGUAUGUACAGUAGAAGUGGUAAAUUGUUGUUUUUUUUGCACUAAUUAUAGGGUUGUGCCCCUUGUUGCACAGUUAUAACUGUUUUUACUGUUGUUUUUAUUCAUUGUCCUGUAAACUGUCAUAUCGGUUCUUUCACCUUUUCCAGGUGACUUCCUCAUGUGACAUGAGGCAAACAUGGCUACUGAAGAAUCAAAAAUAUCAAACACACUCUAGUUUUUGUUUUAUUGAACAAGGCAGUACACCUUUAUGUUUUCAUUAUUAAAGUCCUAUGUAAUAUAUUAAAAUUCAAAGAAAACCACAGAACAAUCUGUGUUUUGACUGGGAAUUAAUAGAUGUGUUCAGUACACAGGUACUGACAUGACCAAUGUUAGUAAAUGCCAUUAUUACACUCUGAAGAAUAACAGAUUGUUUUUGUUUUGUUUAUUUGUUGUUGUGGCAAAUUGUUCACUUGCUUGAAGACACACCAGGUGUUUAUCUGAAAAAAGGAAUAAACAGACUCACUACUGUACA